AUGCUAGAAGAAAGCUGCACUGUAAAACUAAUCCAGUUGAAAGCUGAGGAGUACAGAGGUCCAGGUCCUGCCAUGCCCGUUCCACUGCUCCCGCUGGUGCUUCGAUCGCUGCUGUCCCGCCUGCUGCUGCCCGUUGCCCGCCUGGCCCGGCAGCACCUCCUGCCCUUGCUGCGCCGGCUGGCCCGCCGACUGAGCUCCCAAGACAUGAGAGAGGCUCUGCUGAGCUGUCUGCUCUUUGUCCUCAGCCAGCAACAGCCACCGGAUUCUGGAGAGGCCUCCAGAGUGGACCACUCCCAGAGGAAGGAGAGAUUGGGCCCCCAGAAGUGA